CUCGCCACGUCAUUCGCCGUUUGUGGUCAAGAUGAUGUCCUUGCGCACGCUCCUCAAGAUGACGCUGCUCCUCGCGGCGCUCGUCGCCAUCCAUGGCCUCAAGGAGAAGACCAAGUCGGUCGGUGGCCUCGUGCCCGAGAUCGGGUUGACGGAAGCGCAGCUCGCCAAGCUCGGCUACGUCAAGAAGAACCAGCACUCGUCGACGUCGUUUCAAGUGACGCCACGCAAGCAUGCGCCGCAGUUCCAUGACGUCAAGUCUGUGGUCAACGAGAAGUUCACGACGGUCUCGCUCGACGACUACAAGGGCAAGUGGCUCGUGCUCUUCUUCUACCCGUUCGACUUUACGUUCGUGUGCCCGACCGAGAUUGUGAGCUUCAGCGACUCGAUCAAGAGCUUCCGCUCCAUCAAUGCCGAGGUGCUCGCGAUCUCGACCGACUCGCACCACACGCACUUGGCGUGGAUCAAGACGCCCCGCGAGAAGGGUGGUCUCGGCAAGAUGAACAUCCCGAUCCUCGCUGAUAUCUCCAAGCGCAUCUCAUCCGACUAUGGUGUCCUCGUCACGGACGAAGACGACGAGAUGUUUGGUGCGGCGCUCCGCGGUCUCUUCAUCAUCGACCCCAAGGGCGUGGUGCGCUCGAUCCAGAUCAACGACGACCAGGUCGGCCGCAGCGUCGACGAGACCUUGCGCAUCCUCAAGGCAUUCAGCUACGCCGAUAGCCACCCUGGCGAGGUGUGCCCGGCCAACUGGACGCCCGGCUCCAAGACGAUCAAGGCCGAUCAAGAGGCCAAGUACGCGUUCUUCGAGGCGACGUACGGCAAUGAGAAGGAGCUUUAAACGCUCUCCCUCUGUGGGCUGAAGUAAGCCAUUUUGAGCCAAGAGGUUAUGGCUCGUUGCUCUCAACUGCAAGGCGUCCCAACCUACGACUAGAAGUAAUUUCCAGACAGCUCGCAUACAUGGACCAUUGUGAGAAACGUCGAUGGAGGCGGGCAUCAUGCCAAGAGUCGCGGUAACCUUCCGAUACGAACGUCAUCGCGGCGCCAUGUAGCGGACGGCAACAGGGUACGCGGUGCAGACGAGACCGCUCACGUCGCUUCGCCGCGGCCUCCUCCACGCAGCCUCCUAGGU